AUGUCUCAACACAAGAGACCUGCUACUUUCUCAGAUCAAAGCGGGACCAAAAACAAAUCGGCUCGGCGAGCAGUCGGUCACUCGCGGGACGCAACGCGCCUCGCCUCGCACAACAACUUCACCUCGGACCUACGCGGCUCCACAGAGCCUGUCGACGUGGGCCAUGCGCACGAGGAACAUCAACAUGAAUUUCAGCCACAAGUACACUCUGGCCCUCGAUGCUCGACACCAGAGAGUCUCCCAUCCCUAGAGAACGGUUCAGAUGGAAUCGCCGACGAGAGUACGCUUAGUGAAGACGAAGAUGCGGCCACCAUUGGCUCCCCAAAAGCGAAUGCUCUUCUCCCAAGCACAGCACCGCACAUGCCCCGCCACCUGAACGCGCAGAGCUUGCAACUCCACAACACCAUGAGUGACGCUGCUUGUGAGGACGACGAGUUCGACAAUGCCCAGCCCAUCUUGGCUUGGGAUAUGAGCCUCGAUGACCCAUGGUCGCUCAUGAAGGUCAGGGCUGGGUACGGUCCUGAGUGGCACGAAGCCGACCUCCAGAUGCGGCUGGCCGACAUGGAAGCCGCUAUUCUUCGUAAAAACUAG